UCGCUUACCGUAGGCGUCUUUCCCGGCUUCCUCCGCGAGCGUUCCCACGCCGACGCUCCGGGUGUUUUGCUGGGCUUUAGGCAGAACCACUCAUCAGCAAGCGACCGUGGCAAUGGCAGCUCAGAAGAUUAACGAGGGGCUGGAGCAUCUGGCCAAGGCAGAGAAGUACCUGAAAACGGGUUUUUUAAAAUGGAAACCAGACUAUGACAGUGCCGCUUCUGAAUAUGGAAAAGCAGCUGUUGCUUUUAAAAAUGCCAAGCAAUUUGAGCAAGCAAAAGACGCCUGUCUACGAGAAGCUGUUGCCCACGAAAAUAACAGGGCUCUUUUUCAUGCUGCCAAAGCUUAUGAGCAAGCUGGCAUGAUGCUGAAGGAGAUGCAGAAACUGCCCGAAGCCGUGCAGCUGAUUGAGAAGGCCAGCAUGAUGUACCUGGAGAACGGCACCCCCGACACAGCAGCCAUGGCCUUGGAGCGAGCCGGGAAGCUCAUAGAGAAUGUAGACCCAGAGAAGGCUGUGCGGUUGUAUCAGCAGACAGCAAAUGUGUUCGAAAAUGAGGAACGCCUCCGGCAGGCAGUUGAACUACUAGGAAAAGCCUCCCGACUGCUAGUACGAGGUCGAAGGUUUGAUGAAGCUGCGCUGUCUAUUCAGAAAGAAAAAAAUAUUUAUAAGGAAAUUGAGAACUACCCAACUUGUUAUAAGAAAACAAUUGCUCAGGUCUUAGUUCAUCUUCACAGAAAUGAUUAUGUGGCUGCAGAGAGGUGUGUCAGGGAGAGCUACAGCAUACCAGGCUUCAACGGGAGUGAAGACUGUGCUGCGCUUGAACAGCUCCUGGAGGGGUAUGACCAGCAAGACCAAGAUCAAGUGUCAGAGGUCUGCAACUCACCGCUUUUCAAAUACAUGGACAAUGACUAUGCUAAGCUGGGCCUGAGCUUGGUGGUCCCAGGAGGGGGAAUCAAGAAGAAAUCACCAGCAACACCGCAGGCCAAGCCUGAUGGUGCUGCCAGCACAGCUGCUGAGGAGGAAGAGGACGAGUACUCAGGAGGCCUGUGCUAGGGCCUACCUCCAGAGAUGAGCAGCCGGAAAUCCUGACAAGCCAUUUUCGUGGAAUUAGGACUCACCUGUGGAUGUCUCUGCUUCACCAAGAUUCUGAUGUUGAGUGUUACUAUAUAAGAAGUUCCAUCUCCCCACAUCAGCCAUUGUGUCCACUACCUGUGAAGCAUUUUUUCUUUUCCGUUGUAAGCAGAAAAUACACUGUCAUAUUUUAAUAAUUGAUCUUAAAAUGUAUAGGCCAAAUUCUAGGCAAAUUGUAUCAUAAGCAAAGCAGGAAAUAUGCAUACCUACUCUUUUCUCUUGGGUUCUUGUAAUUUAUUCUAGGAUAAUUUCUAAUGUAUUUUAUUUAAUGUCAUUUCUAAAAGUGAUGGUUUUUUUUGUUUGUUUUGCAAAAUAAUAAU